AUGGCAGCUUAUGGAGCUCUGCUUUCUCUUAUGCAUAUCAUAGAUACCCUCCAAAAACAUCCUUCUCCUCCCAUUUCUAUCGACACAAAACAAGUUGAAUCUCUCACUCAAAUUUUGACCUUCUUGCUGGAGUUUCUUGAUGCUUAUAUUUCCCCUGUUGUUGUUGAUGGCCGUGAAGCUGAUCCAUUGGAGCGUCGCAUUGCUGAUGCAGUUUAUGCAGCUGAGGACGUAAUUGAAUCCCAGAUUGUGGUUCAAAUCAACAAACGAUCCCCAAUCGUUGAGGGUCAUGACUUCUAUCAAGAUCUGCAGAAAAAGAUAGAAGAAUUGAAUUUGAUCAAAAUAGAAGUGGAGAAGAUUGCAGUUGAAGCUCGGCCGCAGCAAAAUUCCGUUCCUGGCUUGACUUCUUCUUCCACUGUGAAGGAAAACGUGAUGGUGGGCUUUGAGGAAGUGUUUCUUGAAGUUUUGGAUAAGCUCACUGGAGAUCAACGCAACCGGCAAAUCAUCCCCAUCGUGGGUAUGGGCGGAAUUGGUAAGACCACUCUUGCCCGAAAUAUAUUUGAGAAUGAACAUGUUAAGGGCCAUUUUUAUAUUCGUGCUUGGACUACAAUUUCUCAAACUUUUAAUGUUAGAGAAACACUUAGAGAAGUUCUUUCUCAGGCCAGUGGUGUGUCGAGUAGUGAUCUGAGUGAGGAAGAAUUGGGAGAAAAAUUAUACAAGUUUUUAUAUGAUAGGAGGUAUCUUGUGAUAAUGGAUGAUAUGUGGAGUGUUGAUGUGUGGAGGAAGAUCAAAUUUUUCUUUCCUGAUAACAACAAUCGAAGUCGAAUAAUCGUGACAACUAGGCAGUCAAACUUGAGUUCUAAGUUGAAUGAGUCUUAUAGAGUUGGUAUGAGUUUUUUAGAUGACGCUAGUGGUUGGGAUUUGUUUUGUAAGACUGUAUUUGGGAAAGAGAAUUGUCCUCUUGAAUUGGAGAAAAUUGGAAAGGAUAUUGUAGCAAAUUGUAAAGGGCUUCCUUUAUCAAUUGCUACCAUAGGAGGUCUUUUGGCAAAAUCUGAGCAAACAAGAGAAUAUUGGAAGCGUAUAGAGCAAAAUUUAAAUUCAAUUGUCAUUAGCAAUAAUGAUGAAUUUUGCUUGAAAAUAUUGAGGAUGAGCUAUAUCAAUUUGCCAAACUAUUUAAAGCCAUGCUUUUUGUAUAUGGGUGUCUUUGAAGAAGAUCGUAGUAUCCGUGUGUCAAUGCUCCAAAAGCAAUGGGUUUCAGAAGGAUUUUUAACAGCUAGGAGUGGAAAAUGUUUUGAAACAGUCGCACAAGAGUACUUUAAGGAGUUGGUUGAUAGAAAUCUUAUUUUAAUUGACAAGUUGGGAUCUAUUGGAAAUGUUAAAUAUUGCAAAAUUCAUGAUUUGUUGAGAGAUAUGUGUUUGAAAGAAGUUAUAAGGGAUAGGUUAUAUCAUGUCAUAAGAGAUGAUCUUGACGAAGUGAAUAACAAACGCCGGGUCAUUUUCCCAAAUGAAACAUCGGCUGUGUUUAUGCGUGAAGUCUUGGGAUCCUUGUCGCAUGCUCGCUCCAUAAUCUGUGAUUAUGACGAGCGUGGGAAAGCUCGAGUGCCUCACAAUCUUAGAUUGUUGAGGAUAUUCAAAGCAUAUGAUAAUUCUCUUGCUCCUUGGUUUGGUGGUGAUUAUUUGCUAGAUAAUGUGUUUGAAUUGGUGAACUCACGGUACGUUGCAGUUAGGGUUCGUAAGAAGUCCCAAUUCCCUACUUCAGUUGAACUACUAUGGAAUCUGCAUACAUUGGUUAUUGAUUGUUCAGAUGAUCUUAUUGCACCGGUUGAAAUUUGGAAACUUCAUCAACUUCAGCAUCUCGUGUUUGAGUCCAGAGAGGUGAUUCUCCCAGAUCCUCCUAGUGGCGACAAUAACAUUGUAAUUAUGAAGAAUUUGGAAACACUCAAAGGAGUGAAGAAUAUGUUUCUGAGUGAGGAGGUGGUGAAAAGAAUUCCCAAUGUGAAGAAAUUGUAUCUGAAGUACCACUCAGUUAAAAAAAUGGAAGGAGCAAAUUGUCUCAGCUAUCUUCAGCUUUUAAGUAAGUUGGAAACCUUCCGUUGUGAUAUUGAAGACGUACAUGAUGAGUAUUUGCAGAGGAUUAGGUUCCCACACUCCCUCAAGAAAUUGUCUAUUCUUGCCCCUUCGGAUCUGGAGUUGGAAGACAUAAUGCCAAAAAUCGGUUCAUUGCCCCUUCUUGAGAAGUUUUUAUUAGAAUGUGGUUUCUUCAAAACAGGCAAGUGGGAAACAAUUGAAGGCCAAUUUCCAAGCCUCAAGUUUCUACAGCUAGAGUCCUGUGGUGGUCUAAGAGAUUGGAUUGUGAAGGAGGGCUCCCAUUUUCCAUGUCUCGAGAAGCUUCGUCUUUGUUAUCUACGUAGACUGAAGGAGCUCCCAUCUGCAAUUGGAGAAAUAAACACGCUGAAAUCAAUUGAAUUGGAAUACUGCAGUGAGUCAGCAGUGAUGUCAGCCAAAAAGAUGGUAAUUGAACAUGAGGAAUUAUAUGGAGAUCAACUGGAAUUUCAUGUUCGAGUUAAUGUUGGGAAGAAUGAAGCAGCAUUGAAGAGUUUGACAAGUGCCAACUUUGAAGUUAAUGUGGGAAAUAGGUAGUCUCUCGGAUAUCAAGCAGCAUGGAAGAUGUCGAAAAGAGCGAACUUGACUGGUUGGAGUUGUGUUUUUCUUUUAAGUUUUGUUGCUUGUCGCUUGAGUACUCUAGUUUUUUCUGUUGUUACUUUUAUUCUACUACUUGUGUUUCUGUAUAUUCUGACAUGAGCAUGUAAUACCGACGCCAUGGAGGAGGAGAGUACCGAAGGGGGAAUGAUCGAGGAAGAGAGAACCGAGAAUAGUGAGGAGCAGCAUGACGAGCCAACAGCUGAACAGGGGAGGCUCUCGCGUCCGAAAUGCAAGACACAGCUAGCUUGGUUAUUUUUAUGUUGUCGUAUUUAAUUUUAAUUUAUUUCCUAUGUAAUAGGUAGAGAGUCGAGUGAAAUUAUAAACUCCUUUCCGGGUUUUCUUUGUUGGUUCUUUCCCGGAUCACAUGUCGAACCAACCCUAGGGUCCUAGAAUAUAAAUAGGAGACUUUGUCAUAUCUUUCAACAGAAGAAAUAACAAAUCUCCUUUUUCA